GAUUCGUCUUGUUGGCAAAAUGUUGUAACGCAGGAACAGAAAACACAAAGUGUGAAAACUGAAGGAUCGAGAGGACGAGAAGGAGGAGAAAUGAGGCGGACGUGACGUCACAAUGACAUGAUGAAGAGCCUGGUGGGGAUCAUGUGGAUAGUGUUGGUGCUCAUAUCAGGAUGCUCAGGGAAUCCAGAUGCGAAACGAUUGUACGACGACCUGCUCUCGAAUUACAACAAACUUGUGCGACCCGUCGUGAACGUGACAGAUGCUCUGACAGUAAAGAUCAAGCUCAAGUUGUCCCAGCUCAUCGACGUGAAUUUAAAGAAUCAGAUCAUGACAACGAAUUUGUGGGUCGAACAGUCAUGGUACGAUUACAAAUUAAAAUGGGAUCCCAAGGAAUACGGUGGAGUGGAAAUGUUACAUGUGCCCUCUGACCAUAUUUGGAGACCUGAUAUAGUUUUAUAUAACAAUGCCGAUGGUAAUUUCGAAGUGACACUAGCGACAAAGGCAACUUUAAAUUACACGGGUAGAGUCGAGUGGAAGCCACCGGCGAUUUACAAGUCUUCCUGUGAAAUUGACGUCGAAUACUUUCCAUUUGACGAACAAACAUGCGUCAUGAAAUUCGGUUCAUGGACGUAUGAUGGCUUUCAGGUCGACCUGAGGCACAACGAUGAAAUUCGAGGCAGUAAUGUUGUGGAUAUUGGUGUUGACUUAUCUGAAUUUUAUCCUUCGGUCGAAUGGGAUAUUUUAGAAGUUCCAGCCGUUAGGAAUGAAAAAUUUUAUACGUGUUGCGAUGAACCCUAUCUCGACAUCACGUUCAACAUUACCAUGAGGCGAAAAACACUUUUCUAUACUGUCAAUCUCAUUAUUCCUUGUAUGGGAAUAUCUUUUCUCACAGUGUUGGUCUUUUACCUUCCCAGUGAUAGUGGCGAAAAGGUGAGUCUCUCCAUUUCGAUUCUCCUAUCACUGACUGUGUUCUUCCUUCUGCUCGCCGAAAUCAUUCCACCUACUUCACUAGUGGUACCUCUUCUUGGAAAAUUUGUCCUCUUCACAAUGAUCCUCGAUACAUUCAGCAUCUGUGUGACUGUGGUGGUUCUCAAUGUGCAUUUCCGAUCGCCUCAAACACAUGUAAUGGCACCGUGGGUCCGACGCGUUUUUAUUCAUAUUCUACCCCGACUACUGGUAAUGCGCAGGCCGCAAUAUCAAAUAGAUAAACGAAGCUACACUGGUCAUCGUAAUCAUAGACUCAUGAUCAGGACGUGUAAUGGUCUCGAACUUCGAGAUCCAGCAAUUUUUGUCGAUCCUUCAGCACCAGAACUUGUAGAGUCAUCGGUUCUUUUUCCAAGCCUCGAUUCACGAGACGAACUGAAUCCUAGGGAAAUGGAAGGAGUUAAUUUGGGAAGUUCGUGUCGAAUUCACGGUACACCAACAAAUACUCCGGCUCCACCCCAACAACUGCCUACCGAGGAGAGUGUAGACGCUCUUUGUAAAUCUCUUCAUCAUUGGCAUCACUGCCCAGAACUUUAUAAAGCCAUCGAAGGCAUUCGUUUCAUUGCUGAUCAUACAAAAAGAGAAGAAGAUUCAACUAGAGUCAAGGAGGAUUGGAAAUACGUGGCAAUGGUGCUAGACAGAUUAUUCUUAUGGAUCUUCACUUUGGCCGUAAUUGUUGGUACAGCAGGAAUUAUUUUGCAAGCCCCUACAUUAUACGAUGAUCGCAUUCCCAUUGACGUAAAACUUUCCGAAAUAGCCUCAACCACUGCCAAACCACACAUUGUUCCAACUCUCUGAGAGGCACUCAGUGCUUUAUAGUCUCCUCAAAAACACAACUAUUAUUACAUAUAUUAUAAUAAUAUAUAGAAAAUAUUAUUAUAAUAUAACAUUGAUUAAAAAGAAAACACACGAUUCAAUCUAAUUGCUUAUCUUGUUUCACGCGUCACAGAAAUUUUCUGAACUGAAGAAAAAAAAAUGACAAUUAUAUUGGCCUAAGGAAUCUCUCCUUUCUGAAACAGGAUAAGCAAUUGGAAAAAAAACACACACACGGGGAAACUCUAGGAAAUAAGAAACUAUUUUGUAGCAAUUGGCAAAUUUUUAGCAAUUAGUUAAAAAAAAAUUGUUAACUUUUUCGAUUGCUACAAAAAAAAAAAAAAAGAACUUUGUCCCACAGUAUCAUACUAAGAAAAAAUAUUUAAUGCUAUUAAAGCUGUUACGUACCAUAAUUUUAUUAAGAGAGCUCAUUAUAAUUCGUGUUUCUAAAUCUGCAAACUGCAAUUUUUCCAAAAAAAAAAAAAAAAAAAACAUUUUCAAUCCCAAUUUAUUUUUUAUUCAUUUAGAUAACGAUUUUUAUAAAAAAAAAUAUUUCUGAUAAUUUUUUAAAAUAAUCUAUUUGUACAUUUUUUAAUUAGAGAAAAUUUUACUACUUUUUCAAUGUCACUUUCUUAAUUAGGAGAAAUAUUAAUAAACUUUUUUUUAAUUAAUAAUAAAACUUUUUAAAUUGGAAAAUUUUCUUUUUUUUUCAAUUAGGCAAUGAACUUUUCACGAUUUUUAAUAC